CAGUGGCCAGUAUUGCCUUGUGCGAAUGUGUAUCAGGUCCUGUUUAUUUAAUUUAUUUUUGUAUUUGUCUUCUUGUUACACCUAAUUAUCUGGUUGGACAGGUAAACCCGGAUACCAGAUAAAGGGUGGAGUGAGGGAGGGAAAUGUACUCAGAGCUGGCCACUGAGAGUGCUGCUCUACUGAGAUACACUACAGGUGAGUCUACCUUUUACAAUCGACAGAUAAAUGAGAACCUAGAGAAACAGAGAGAGUGGGGAAAGGACCUCCAGUGAUCUCACCUCCAAAGUUUCUCUACCUCACACGUGCAGUAUGAAGUCUGUCUGGGCAUUGGUUUUCUUUGCAAUCUGUGCAAUGCUGGUUGUAGCCUUUCAGGCUAUAAAGCAGGAGAGGAAUAUUCGCAGAACAAGAAAAGAAAUUUUUCUAAAUACUGAGGACGUGAAGAUAAUGGAGGAAAAAAUCGUGACUUCCAGAAUGACACUACAGAAACUAAGCAAAGAGUUGGAUCCAUUGGACAAACAGCAUAAGCAGCUGACAAAGAUGAUGGACAUGACAAUAAAAAAGACAGAAAAUGAUGAGCAAACUUUGAACAGUUGCCGAAUGAAGAAGACAGAUGUUGAGCAGGAGAAAUCAGAAUUGUCUUCAUCAGUCGAUAUUCUAAGGACAAGUCAGAAUGUUGAGAUGCAGCAAAUGCAGGAGGAGAUUCAGCGUUUGAAGCAACAGAUCCUGGGAAGAGAUUCAAUGAUCUGUACAUAUGUGGAUACAAAACAGGAAAAGGGAAGGAAAUUGUGUGCGGACAUAAAGGCUGCCAGCAACCAAUAGCAAGUACUAAGGAAAUUGUACUAAAACAUAUGUUGUUUUUCAUCCCCACAGCUUACACAUUUGAUCCAUCACUUUAGAAAUAAAAAUGUAUUGUUUUUUUUUUUUACAUUUUUUAUGGUUGUAUAAUAUACUUGAGACUAAGCAAAUGUGAGUAGACAGCUCAUAUGACAAGAGUUUUUGCUAAUGCUAAUAAACAGCAAUACAUUUUUACAGAACUCAA